AGGGCCGAGCCAUCGGCUGGCGGAUCCCCGUGUGGUUAAACUCAGGGCUCCCGGUUCGGUUGUUAGAAACCCGCUCGGCCGCAAGUCGGGUAUUUGGCUGCCAUCAAAUCUCCAAUCGGGCUUCAUAAAAGCCCACUUAGUGCUAGAACAAACAGGGCCAUUUGAAGGCGAAAUGUUGUUUGAUUUCCUCUCCGCCUGCACAAGGAGCUGGCUAAUGCUAUUUGAUUUCCCAUUUUUGAUAGCAAUAAGCCUGCAUUGAUCUAAUAGUGAGUGAGUGCAAUGCUAUUAAAGGUGUUUGCCGCCCCAUACCAGAGUGCAUUUCCCAACCCGGGUCUCAUAACCAAAGAGACGAUAAACAUUGGGAUGCCCUGAUUGCCAACAGAAAACAGAUGUCUCUGGGUUUGAAGCUGAGCAAAUCACUUUACAGUUAAAAUCGGGCGCUGAUAAAGCAUAAUAAAUUCCAUAUGGCUCAUUUAAUACACAACAGCUUCUUGCAUUAGAGGGGCUAAUGAUGAGAUUUGUCCCCUCCUUUCUGUUGACACAUUUCUCCAUUGUCAAACAGAGAUGUGACAGCAAAUCAGUAUUUUCAGCUCAGGGGAACAAGUCGUGGGAAAGUUAAAUAACUUUUUUAACAGAAAGACACCCCCUUUCUUUCUCCUCUAUUCAUGGCAGAAGAUGUAAUUAAGUGAAUAUGAAUUAUGAGAGUCCCUUCGUUUACCUUUGGGUCUACUCAGACUUAUUAAUUCAAUAAGGGGGAGUUGUAGUGAGGACAGCUUGCUAAUUGAGUUUUAGCGGGGAGGAGAGACGCUCCCUCCGUGCCAGGCUGUUGCCUUCCUCACCAGCACAAUGCCUCUUCGUCGUGGGUGCCCGGAGAGGCGUGCGUGGAGAUCAAUUCCCGCUGAACAACUGCAGGGAGACUCGCAGCGCUGCUGCCGUUCUGCCUUCCGGGAAAGAAGGGUCUCAUACUGAGCUUACAAAGCCCAGCAUUACAGGAAAAACUCUGCCCACACCAGUCCCAAAAGAUUUACAAGCGUCUCUCAAAGUCUCUGUCUGUAGGUGUGUGUGAUGGCCCCACAUUUGGUUAUUAACGGAAUAUUUUAUUUUCCUUUGAAAUACGGUUUAUUUUCCUCUACCUCUCUCCUGCUUUAAGCAGUUUUAUUUCACGAUUUUUGCUUUGUGGGAGGGGUAAAAGAAAGAAAGGAUGGCAGUGCCAUGUCAUCCUAACUAAAUUUCAUAAAAUAGAUUUUAAAAGGGCAGCCUUGAAAUCUAUAUUUGUUGCUUUGGUUGCCUCACAAAUUAUUUCUUCGUUUCCGAUAUCAGUGAAAGUACGAUUUUUUCCCCCUCUCCUUAAAUCUGAAGGGAAAAAAAGUCUACGAUCCCCAAACCAUAUAAUUUGUAAAUAUGCCCUUUAACGAAAAAAAAAAAAAAAAGUCGCGGUGUGGGUGUGAGUGCAGAAUAAUUCCCGCGUAGUCCCCUUGGGAAUUCGUACUGCCGCUGCUCCAGCGCAGCAGGAGCCGCCUC